UGAGUCUUUCCAGGAUGCAUCUGACAGUCUGCCAGCUGAAGAUAAGCACGAGGAAGACAGAGAGCCGGUUAUGGACACAAACUCAUGCAUUCCUGAGCUGAACUGCUGACACUCUGAAUCUGACUCCCUGGCUUCUUGACCCUUAGACUGGACUCCGACUUUCUGACCUCUGUAUUCCUGACCCACGGCUUGUGUUUGGACUACGCUCUUUGGACGCCGGAUCUCAGCAGCUUCUGACCUUGCAGCUGCUGUAAUCUGAUCCCUGGCCAAGCUAGCACAUUAAGGAAGAAAGCUCCUCCAGCUAUAUUGGACUACAGCUCCCAUUAACCUGAGCCAUCAGGAAAGUAGAGGGCUGGGUUGGAUUGCGACUCUGGGAUAGGUGUCAAUAUGGAGUGUCUGGCCAAUCAGAACUGAAACAGGCAGCAUCAGCUGGGCCUGAUUUUGUGCCAGCCAGUCACUGAUAAUGGACCAUUUAAGAAGGUCUGGGAACAGCUGGAUUUGGGUGGUUGCACCCUCCUUUAGAGGCAAGAUGGUGCUUUGCAGAAGAGGACUCUAUGGACUUUGGGGUGUGGUGUUGCUGGCAACCCAGGUUUUGACCCAAGGAAAGGAUGGCUUUUUCUCCCCAGCUGCAGUUCCCAGCUCUCUUCCUGAGACAACCGAGCAAAUGGGCUUCUUCAAAAAAAUAUAUCAUGCUGCAAGAGGACUGAUGUGGCACGGCUCUGCCAACACCACAAAAACUGCAGUGAACAGGUUGCCAACUCCGCCAAGCCCCGCAGUGGCCAGGAAACUAACAGAAAGCCACAUCUUGCAAGCUAUUGAAGUCAACGCAGUGGCCAAUUUGAAUUUCUCCCUAAGGGUCCUGAGCGAGGACUUCAGUGUUGAAGCUGUUCCAGAGGUCUACAUUGAAGGUUCUGUGAUUCACAUUGAAGCGAGAAUCCAGGCUAGCCCAAGCAUGUUCCCUAAACUUUUUAUUGAGGAGUGCUAUGGAGCAAAUGCCCCACACCACAGCCAUACCAGGAAGAUCUACAUAAUUGUGAACAACCACGGGUGCCUGCAUGCCGGGGACCCAGAAGUAAUGUGGUUUCGUAAAACAGACUCCGUGAUUGUCUUCAAGCUGCCUGCUUUUUUGAUGACGGAUGACUCAGAGGAGAUCUAUAUCCAUUGCCUUCUCACAGCCUGGAGUCAGAAGCUCCCCACAAAUCCUGGCAAGAAAAUGUGCGUCUUUGACAGCAUCUCCUCCAGGUGGAAGAAUCUAGAUGAACUAUCCAAGUCUUCAAUCUGCAACUGUUGUGACAGCUAUUGCCACCAGGAAUCCCCUCAUGGAAAUCUUAAAGGUGAAAGGAUAUCACACAGAGAACUCCUUGGUCCUCUGAGAGUGCGCAAAGAAGACGCCCCAUGGCUGGAAGGGAAGUGCCACACCAUGAAGAGGAUGUUGUUGGUGAGCGCGGCCUUCGUCUGCAGCUGCAUCUUGGCUGCUCUCUUUGUUGGGGUCCUCAUAGCUCUGGCCCUGGCUGUGCUGCGCUAUUCUGGAGUGGGUAGGAGGCACAGGCGCCUGAGGAACCGGAAGGCGCAGCGGAGUUUCCACACGGAGCUACAGACGGUGGUCGGAGCCUGCACUGAGACCGACGAGAUCGAGAAAGAAUCCAACAUGGACUACUGCAAGCUUAACCGCAACACCCCAGAGAAAAACUAACCGGAUCCUUAAUCUGAGAAU